AAGAAUUUUAUUUAUUGACAGUUAUAAAAGAAGUAAAAGUGUGGUUCAUCUUGAUUUGAAUCUAGUUUAUGUUAUUCUUUGAUUUGAUAUUAUCAGAUAUUAUUAAAACAUUCAAAAUAUUUGAAUGUUAUUAUUGUUUCGUUUUUGUUAUAGUUAUUAAUUCUUUAAUUAUUGCAAUGAAUUCUUCAAGUAGUUCGUCAGGAGGAUCUAGACAUAAGAAGCAGGCUAAAAUGGGGAAUAAUAAAAUACAAUCCGUACAAAGUCAACAAGAUAAUACGAGUAAUGAAGAAUACCAGGAGUUUCCUUCCAAGUAUUUUCAAGGAUAUGCUGGAAUAGGUCCAGACUCCAUAAAAAUUUAUGCGGAACAAAAUAACAUAGAAGAAAAUUUUACUGAAGAAAUGUAUAAUAUUUUAACUGAAGAUAUUAAUUAUAAAUUACGUUACAUAAUCCAUAAUGCCUUAAUUAAAGCCAAAUUGCAACAUAGGGAAACUAUAACUUCGGGGGAUAUAGAAGAAACAUUUGCGAAUCUUAAUAUUGACAAAGUUUAUGGUGCAUCGUCCAAUCCAAAUUGGUUAAGAUUGCCAGACGACAGCUUAUUUUUUCUUGAUGACCAACAAGUAAAUUUGGUAGAAAUAGCAGAAGAACAAAUGACAUAUAUGCAAGAAGGAGACACUGUAAUAAGUCAAGUGUGGUUGUCUGCUAAUGAUACUGAAUCAACAGAUUAUACCCAAACUUUUACCAACUAUUUUAAAGUAAUGUGCAAAUCUCUUGUUAGUAAUAAUGAAGAACUAAGAAGAAUGGCUUUAAAAGAUAUUAGUGAAAAUGCUUCCAUAGGCCCUAUCACAAAUUGGUUCUAUAAUUUUUCAUAUUUUAUCUUGAAAGACAUUAAAUAUGAGUCAUUGACUUUAAAAAUAUUACAAUUACUUGAAGUUCUAGAAAAUAGCCCUCUACCAAGUUUACAAGUUAGUACAAAACAACUAAAGUUACUUACAAAUAUUUUAUGUGGGAGGCUUUUAAAAUCAGAAGUACCAGAAAAUGUUUUGAGUCCGAUGUGUUAUGUUCUGUCCCUCUUAUGUUUACGUCUACCUCUAAAAAAAUAUCUUUUGAACAAAAUCAAACAAAAAAUAUUUUAUACAGACAAACGCCUUAUUCUGCUGGCUAUAAUAUACUUCCUUGGAAUCGAUGCAGUCUCUGAAGUUUUUCGGCCGAAUAUGUCUUAUCUUUUGGUGGAUGAUUUAAAAGACGAAAGAUUGACAGAAGUGAUUUUGAGUAUAUAUGGUUUAAUAUGCAAAGCAAAUCUUAACACUGGAUCUAUUUAUGACGGAUUUAGGAAUAUAUAUGGAAGACAGUUAACCCCUUUUUUCAUACCAAAUAAAAUAAUGCCAGAUGAGCAAGUGGAAAUGAAAACAGACUUUGUAACGAUGAAAGUUGCACUGAUGAAAACGCGCAGAAAUAUUUCCAAAAUUGAGAUUGAAAAAUUCGAAAACAGAAAUAAGAAGACUUCGCAUCGAUUAGACGAUUUUUUUGAAAUACCUGAAAAUGGCAGAAAUUUAAGCAAUCGUUUAGCUGUUAAUGAAAGAAUAAAAUUUAAGAAGAUCGAAAAAUUUACUUUAGAUGAGCAAGUGGAAAUGAAAACAGACUUUGUAACGAUGAAAGUUGCACUGAUGAAAACGCGCAGAAAUAUUUCCAAAAUUGAGAUUGAGAAAUUCGAAAACAGAAAUAAGAAGACUUCGCAUCGAUUAGACGAUUCUUUUGAAAUACCUGAAAAUGGCACAAUCAGCAGAAAUUUAAGCAAUCGUUUAGCUGUUAUUGAAAGAAUAAAAUGUAAUAAGAUCGAACAACUUACUAUAGGUAAAUUUAGUUUUAGUAUUUUAGUAUUGAAAUCUAACAAAAGAAGUCAGUGUAUAGAUCAUACUUUGUUUAAUUAUAAUCUAUAACAAAAACAAAUUGUCUUUUGUUUAAUUUUAUUUAUUAAAAAUAUAAAUUUAUAUAAAAUUUUAA